AGGGACAACUCUUAACUCUGGUUCUCAUCUCAACAGCGGUAUAUUCCACCGUCUUCGAUUUUCCUUCCUCCAAUCUUGAAACACAGAGAGAGAGAGAGAGAGACGGGAAAGAAGACGGAAAUGGAGACAGGGAAAAGAGGGGAGGUGCCGCACGUAGCGCUUCUGGCAUUCCCCUUCAGCUCGCACGCUACGCCGCUCCUCUCGCUGGGUCGCCACCUUGCCGGCCUGGCAGGGGACGUUAAGUUCACCUUCUUCACCACCGCGGCCUCCCUUAAGCCCAUCUCCUCUCUGGUUUCCGCCUGCUCGGGGAACCCCAACAUGGUCUUCUGCACCAUCCCCGACGGUUUGCCGCAGGACUUCGCCUUCUCGCCGGAGCGGCCUCAGGAAGACAUCGAGCAUUUCCUGCGAUCGGCUCCCGACGACCUCCGGCGGGCCCUGGCGGGGAUGCAACCGCCCCUCUCCUGCGUGCUCGCGGACUCCUUCCUUCACUUUGCGCAGGACCUCGCCGACGAGGCAGGCGUGCCGUUGAUCUCCUUCUGGACGUCUGCGGCCUCUUCCCUCUCCACGCACAUUUACACCGAUCACCUUCGACAGAAGUUCGGGGUAGUCCAAGCACUGACGCCUGAGAACAGAGAUAUUCCCAUCGACUCCAUCCCGAGCCUCUCCUUCCUGAGGCUCCAGGACCUGCAGGACGGCAUCGUCUCCGGCCGCCUCGACUCCGUCUUCUCCGUUCUACUCCACAACAUGGCCAAGGCGAUUCCACGGGCGGCCGCCGUACUUGCCAACACAUUUGAGUCGCUCGAGCCCUUCUCUCUCACGGACCUCCGAACCAAACUAAAUGCCUGUCUCACCAUCGCUCCGUUGUUCCUCCUGUCACCGCCGCCGCCGCCGGCAUCUUCCCCUGCCGCCGACGACCACGGAUGCAUUUCGUUCCUUGAUUCCCACCUGCCCAACUCCGUCGUCUACCUCAGUUUCGGCUCCGUCGCGGACUUUCGCAUACCGAAGCACGAGAUCGCGGCAUUGGCAGAGGGCCUCGAGUCAUCUGGCGCUCCCUUCUUAUGGUCCCUGAAGCCUGAGAAGCAAGCCGACUUACCUGCUGGUUUCGUGGACAGAGUCAAGGGCCGUGGGCUCAUGGUUUCAUGGGCGCCGCAGCUGGCCGUCCUUCGCCAUGCUUCCCUCGCAGUGUUCAUAAGCCAUGGCGGAUGGAACUCCAUCCUUGAGGCCAUCGCUGGAGGUGUGCCGGUGAUAUGCCGGCCGGUCUUUGGCGACCAUCCAAUAAACUCCCGUUUGGUUGAUAUCUCGUGUUGGGGAGUGGGGGUCACUGUGAGGGAUGGGAUUUUCACCAAGGAGACCGUUGAGGAGGCAAUCCGGCUAGUGUUGAGGGAGCAGGUGGGGAAGGCAUUGAGGGAGAAGGCGAGCCACCAUUGGAAAAGGCUAAUCUGUGAGGCGGUGGGCGCAGACGGGAGUUCUACCAGGAACAUAAAUGCGUUGGUGGAGAUGGUGAGAGGAAGGGCUUGAGGAAUCAGGUCCCAUUUUUGUCUACAGUGUCCGUUUGUUUGUUUUUCUUCCUUUUUCCUUUUUCCUCCCUUUCUUUUGGUUGAGUUUGAUAGCUUCAGAUUUUAAGAUCUUUAGGAUUUGGGAACAGUAAAUUUAAUAUCAGGUCUUCUCCCUCCAAGUGUUUUGUAAGUUAAGGAUUUAAGUGUGGAUUUUAGGCCUCAGAUCUUUAGUUUGCUGAACUGUGGAUACUUUCAUGGAUUUUUUUGUCACAUCAGCAAAAACUUGUCAUGCCAUUUCCGCAUCAGAUCCAUGGAUUUCAAACUCCUAAUAAAUUUUGAACCCUUUGUGCAUUACAGUAAA